CAUAAUUAUCUCAUUGUUUUAAUAAAUGAAUGAUAAUCUUAACCAACAGUUUCUGAUUGAAGUACAGGGCAGGUUAAGGAUAUUAAGGAUUCUGUUACGAGCAUACCGUGCUGGAGUUCUUAAUAGACAGGAGGUGAUUCAAGCAUUGGUGUACCUUCUACUCCAACAAUGGUGGUUGCUGUUAAUUGAUUUUCUUUGGGUAAAUUCGGUUGAGUUUGCAGUGAUCACUGUUAAUUGAUUUUCUUGGGGUAAAUUCGGUGGGCUUUGCAGUAGCUCACAACAUGGCUGAAUCGGGCCAUAUACCGAUUAAUUCGUGCUCUCUUUUGGAGAUAGCGACCGUACCCGGCAUGACUACAGCGGGUCUCGCGGUCAUUGCGGAAACCCGGACGCAUGAUGGGGUAAUUACCUCAGAUCUAUUUGCGUCUGUGCCAAGCCUGGGAAAUGUCCAGGUGGAAAGGUUUGAUUUUUCCAUUCCGGCUGUGCCGACCACAGCUACAAGCGGAGACACUCCGCCUCAACCAGCUGAAAGUUCAGCAGGGUUUCAAACUAUCCCGGAACCUAAUCCGGUGGUAGCUAAUACUCCUAGUGGAUCCUCCAAUCAGCAGGCACUUUCCUUUGACUUACACUCACCUCCUGAACAUACUAGAGGUGGUAAUCUAUCAAGUUUCAACAGUGCCAUAGCUGCUGAUGCUUUACGGGCCAGCGCAAGGCUGAGCUCCUUCCUGAGGCGGGACAAUCCCUUAUCAGGUGACAACUUCGGAUCCAUGCAGAGUUCGUCAGUACCUCAGAAUGAGAGGCCUGAUCUUCCUCCGGUGGAAGAUCUCCCCCGCUAUCGUAACCCGGGGCAUUCACUGCAUUAUCCAGAUAUUCAAGCGGUGCCUUCAAGUGCCCCAGUCUUCGGGCGUAUGCCCCAACCAGCAAGUGCUAGACUUCGCUCACGGGCAGGCAUAUUCUUUCAAGAAUUGCCAAAAGGCCUUUCUUUUGACGGCAAUACAAAAUGGGACCCAUUCUUUCGGAAGUUCACACUUCUAGCAGCAGAUCAAGAAUGGGAUGGCCAGGAAAGCUUGGCCUAUCUCUGUUGGUGCCUUGAGGGCAAAGCUCUUGCUUACUAUGAUAGAUUGGCCGCACAGAAUCCAGCUAUGGAUUUCACCGUUGCCAUCCGGAAGAUGGCUGCUCGGUUCAACUUUUCAGAACUACCUGAGUCCUCCCAAUUAGAAUUUAUGGCUGCAAAACAGGAGGCCAGUGAGUCUUUGGAGGAAUGGGUGGAUCGCCUUCAAGAUCUUGCGGUUCGCGCAUUCCCAGGUAGUCCGGAGAGUUUUCUCCAGCAGCAGCUUGUACUUCGCAUGUGCCAAGGUGCAUAUGAUCACAAUGCGGGGUACCAAGCCCUGAAUCACCGACCCAAGUCGGUGGAGUCGGCAGCUGAGGCAAUCCGUUGGGCCCAGCAUUCUCAUAACGCUGUGUUUGGUCGAUCAAAGCCUGCAAGAGUGGCCGCAACUCGUGCAGGUAGUCCCUGUAAGCAGAUGGUAAAUCAGGUCCAUCCAAUUCCUAGCUAUCCGCAGAGCAAUACAGGGAAUACCCUCCCAAAAUCUACAUGUACUGGUACAAGAACUAACCAGUUCAACCCCAUUGGCAUGGGGAAUCUGGUCGAACGACUGGAUGGGUAUGAAGGCCGACUGGAUGUGAUCUCCAGUAGUGUGGCCAAGCUCUGCGAAUCCAUCAAGGCAAUGAAGACGUGUCUUUCCGGAGACCAUUCACUGAGGAAUAAAACGCCCUCGGUUUCUUUCCUUGACCUUGAGGGAAACGAUGUGGGGUCGGGAAUGAUGGCCGAAUCUCGACCCAGGAACAGAUCGGCCAAUCUGGGUCAAGAAUAAAUCCGGCUACA